CAAAAGACUGCAUAUUUUGUUAAUUUUUUCUCCUCUCGACAAGAUAACCUAGUAGAUAACCACUUUUCGUGCUUUAUCGACUAAUUCACUCCUGGGAAAAGGUUAUUGUUGUUUGUGGGGUUUUUUGUAAAUAUUUUGAGAAGAAGCAGAAAAACCGGGUCAGGUGAAUUUUAAAAUUGUGAAUUGGGCGAAAUUUCGUACAAAAUAUGAUCACUCCAUUGUUUUAAUUAUUUGAAAAAAUAUAUACAAUGGCAAACAAUUUCACCUUCUUGAACGAGUCUUCUAUUCGCGACGAUGAUGACAACGACGAGAACGAUUCAUCAUUUGACAGAUCGACAAACAACCUGUUGGAAGAUGAUUACUACACGUUUCUUAAUCUGCCUAGAAAUGCGAAACCUGAAGACAUUCAAAUGCAGUAUAGGCGACUUUCCAAGAUUUACCACCCCGAUAAACAUUUAGAUCCAGAAUUUAAAAUAAAUGCUGAAAGACUUUUCAAUAAGCUGAGACAUGUUCAUGAAGUUUUAAUGGAUCCUGAGAAACGUGCCAUUUAUGACACACUCGGUGCUGAAGCGUUACAAGAAGCUCAACAGCAUAAUUCGCAAUGUAUGGACCUAGUGACGAGAUAUCGAACUCCGACGGAAAUAAGGGAGGACUUUGAAAGGCUACAGAGAGAACGAGAAGAACAAAGAAUGGAACGGCAAGCCAAUCCGAAAGGGAGCAUUACGGUGAAUAUUAACGCCUCAGAAAUUUUCACUAUAUAUGACCACCUCGAAGAUGAAGAAGAUUACUACUACGAUACUGGCCCAUACAUCGAACUUACCGGAUUUCACUUUGCUCAAUCAAUCGAGGCCCCCAUAACACUUCGAGAUACAAUCAUUAUGUCGGGGUCAGUCUCGGCAGAAAAUGGCAGAGGGAGAGGGAACAUUGCGGCUGGUGUUAGAAGAACUUUCGGAAAUCGAACCUCGGCAGAAUUUGAGGUUGGAGGAAACACUAACGGAAUGGAUUUCGGUUUCAAGGGAUUUUCAUUGAUUGGAAGCAAAUACCACACAAAUUGUUCGAUCGCGUGUCAGUCUACGUCGGAGGGAUUAAAACCAGCGAUGGUGGCAUCGUUUGGUCGUCAUUUUGAUGACAAAUCUAAUGGACAAAUCGUUUGGAGAGCUGGUGGAAUGGGGGGAUUACAGACUCAAUAUAUCUGGGAUGAUUCCAUCACUCGAUUCGUUGCAUCUGUCCAUUUAGGGGUUCCACACAGUUACGUUUCUUGUCAUGUCAGUCGGAAAUUGGAUGAGAAAAAAGUUCGUGUACGAGCACUGAUAAGAGGGGGAACGUUUGGUUUCUACACAGAGUGUGGGAUUGAAAAGAAGGUUUCUCAGCUAACCACUCUUUCUGCAGCCAUGGUCGUUGGUGUUCCGGUUGGUGUAAAUCUUCGAAUUAAGAUUCUGCGAUCUAAUCAAACCUACAAUUUUCCUAUUCAUCUUUGUGACCAAAUCUUACCGGCGCCUAUUGUGUACGGCACAAUUACACCCUUAAUACUAUGGGUUGUUGUAAAUAAGCUAUUUGUUGAACCGUAUGAGCGAGAACGAAAAUCGAGAGAGAAAGCAAAGCUUAAAGCACAAAAUAGGACAAGAAUGAUGGAAAAGAAAACCGAGGCGGAUUCAGCAAUUCAGCUAAUGAAACUUGCCUUUGCUCGAAUUGUGGCGGACGAAGAGGCGAGGCGUGGUUUAAUAAUAACUUCGGCAAAGUAUGGACGACUGAUAUCUACCCUGUCUACAGCGGAUAUUGAUUCUUCGGGAGCUGGUGCCAAUGAUGAAAUUAUCGACGUAACUAUUCCUUUACAGUGCCUGGUUAAAGAUAGCAAGCUGAUCCUUCAUGAUAAUUCCAAAAGUAAUUUGCCCGGAUUCUAUGAUCCCGUCCCUUGGGAAGAAAAGCGAUUAAUGAUACAAUACCUAUUUCGUAACAAGGCGCAUGAAGUCAUUGUGAACGAUGAGGAAUCAAUUAGCAUCCCGAAGGAAUCUCAUCAAAUCAACCUUGUUGCAACAUAGUCCUUAGUACCAACCAAAAAAUUAUUAACAAAUUUCUGCAUAAUCAAGUCCGAUACAUAAUAUAUACAUCAGUCAGUCAUCCAUUUAUAUUUAAAUAGUAGGGAAGGAAGGACAAUUUGUUUAGUCAACUAUCAAUACUUAACUCUCGUCCUUAUAUUGUGUUGUAUGCUUUCUCCCACAAAAACUUGAUCGACCUAUCAUUUUUAAUUGCAUGUAGUAAAAAAAACUAUAUCUUGUUAUUUUUUAAGAAAAGUAUCAAUAAAUUCCCGUGUUCAUGAAGCUAGGAAAAUAUAUGUAAAUA